AUGGCAGCCAAUCCUUGGGUCUGCCCCAUCUACCUGCCAGGCAAAGAGCCUGGCCUGGAGGCUCUGUCGCCCGAGGAACGCUACCAGAUGACGCAGGUCAAGUAUUGGUCGGACAUGACUUCGGCGGCCAUGGAGAGCUGCCCGGUAAAGACUGCCAUGUCAGGGGUCUUGGGCUUUGGAUUGGGAGGAUUCUUCUCGCUACUCUCGGCAUCUUUCGCUAUCGACGAUCCGCUGAGGAGAUCCAAUCUCCAAGCAGCGGCGAUGGCUGCCAACCCGGGUCAAGCGGCCCCGCCUGAAAUGACGACGAUGCAGCAGACUCGAGCCUACUUCAAGGAGACAGGAAAGCAAAUGUACAGGAGUGGCAAAGGAUUUGGCAAGGUGGGAGCCCUAUAUGCUGGUAUAGAGUGCUGCAUUGAAGGGUUUCGAGCAAAGAACGACCUCACUAACCCGGUGCUUGCAGGUUUCCUCGCUGGAGGGAUUCUAGCUCGCAACGCGGGUCCACAGGCCAUAGUAGGAGGAGGCUUGGCCUUUGCUGGCUUCUCGGGCGCCAUCGAUUGGUACAUGCGCAGGCCAUCAGCAUCCGAUGACGAUGACUAG